AUGCAGUUCCUCAAAUUUUGGCUCUCCAUAUUCGCUUUGGCGGUGUGCGCGCUGGCCGCCGAGCCGCCGAAGGAGCUGCAGAUUUCGGUCACCUACUUGCCUGAGGACUGCUCUACAACUGCCAAGACCGGUGACGCCAUUAAGGUACACUACACUGGGACGUUGUUCUCCGACGGUAGCAAGUUUGAUUCAAGUGUCGACCGAGGCCAACCAUUACCUAUCAAACUUGGUGUUGGGCAGGUUAUCAAAGGAUGGGACGAGGGUCUCCAAGGCAUGUGCCUCAACGAAAAGCGUACCUUGACGAUUCCUUCAGACAUGGCUUACGGUUCGCGUGGAUUUGGCAGUGUUAUCCCUCCACAUUCCGCCUUAGUCUUCGACGUCGAGCUUGUUAGCCUGCAGAAAACUUCUCGUUCAGAAUUGUAG